AACGGCGUAGCGCCUUAUACGGUGCGGCAAGUGUGACGUCAUUCGAACAAACCAUAGGCCCCGCCCCCGGACGCAGCCACGCCCACAGGCUCCUGAAACCACCACUCCCAGCUGUGACAGCGCUCAGGACCGAUGCUCAUAGGUCCCGUCCCUAGGAUCCCCGCCCCCUCCGCCCGCGCCCCGCCCCUCGCAGCCCAGUUCCGGACGCGGGCCCAGCCGCGCCUGCGCCUCCGCUCGUGUGUGGCUGCGUCGCGCGCUCUUCCUCCGAGGUACCCAGGCGGCUGGUGUGCAGCAAGGUCCGUGCCGACCCCUGACGCCUGUCCCCGGCCCGGCAUGAGCCGCUACCUGCUGCCGCUGUCGGCGCUGGGCACGGUAGCAGGCGCCGCCGUGCUGCUCAAGGACUAUGUCACCGGUGGGGCUUGCCCCAGCAAGGCCACCAUCCCUGGGAAGACGGUCAUCGUGACGGGCGCCAACACAGGCAUCGGGAAGCAGACCGCCUUGGAACUGGCCAGGAGAGGAGGCAACAUCAUCCUGGCCUGCCGAGACAUGGAGAAGUGUGAGGCGGCAGCAAAGGACAUCCGCGGGGAGACCCUCAAUCACCAUGUCAACGCCCGGCACCUGGACUUGGCUUCCCUCAAGUCUAUCCGAGAGUUUGCAGCAAAGAUCAUUGAAGAGGAGGAGCGAGUGGACAUUCUAAUCAACAACGCGGGUGUGAUGCGGUGCCCCCACUGGACCACCGAGGACGGCUUCGAGAUGCAGUUUGGCGUUAACCACCUGGGUCACUUUCUCUUGACAAACUUGCUGCUGGACAAGCUGAAAGCCUCAGCCCCUUCGCGGAUCAUCAACCUCUCGUCCUUGGCCCAUGUUGCUGGGCACAUAGACUUUGAUGACUUGAACUGGCAGACGAGGAAGUAUAACACCAAAGCCGCCUACUGCCAGAGCAAGCUGGCCAUCGUCCUCUUCACCAAGGAGCUGAGCCGGCGGCUGCAAGGCUCUGGUGUGACUGUCAACGCCCUGCACCCCGGCGUGGCCAGGACAGAGCUGGGCAGACACACGGGCAUCCAUGGCUCCACCUUCUCCAGCACCACACUCGGACCCAUCUUCUGGCUGCUGGUCAAGAGCCCCGAGCUGGCCGCCCAGCCCAGCACAUACCUGGCCGUGGCGGAGGAACUGGCGGAUGUUUCCGGAAAGUACUUCGAUGGACUCAAACAGAAGGCCCCGGCCCCCGAGGCUGAGGAUGAGGAGGUGGCCCAGAGGCUUUGGGCUGAAAGUGCCCGCCUGGUGGGCUUAGAGGCUCCCUCUGUGAGGGAGCAGCCCCUCCCCAGAUAACCUCUGGAGCAGAUUUGAAAGCCAGGAUGGCGCCUCCAGACCGAGGACAGCUGUCCGCCAUGCCCGCAGCUUCCUGGCACUACCUGAGCCGGGAGACCCAGGACUGGCGGCCGCCAUGCCCGCAGUAGGUUCUAGGGGGCGGUGCUGGCCGCAGUGGACUGGCCUGCAGGUGAGCACUGCCCCGGGCUCUGGCUGGUUCAGCCUGCUCUGCUGCCAGCAGGGGAGAGGGGCCAUCUGAUGCUUCCCCUGGGAAUCUAAACUGGGAAUGGCCGAGGAGGAAGGAGCUCCGUGCACUUGCAGGCCACGUCAGGAGAGCCAGCGGUGCCUGUCGGGGAGGGUUCCAAGGUGCUCCGUGAAGAGCAUGGGCAAGUUGUCUGACACUUGGUGGAUUCUUGGGUCCCUGUGGGACCUUGUGCAUGCAUGGUCCUCUCUGAGCCUUGGUUUCUUCAGCAGUGAGAUGCUCAGAAUAACUGCUGUCUCCCGCGAUGGUGUGGUGCGGCGAGCUGUUGUCUGGCUAUGGCAUGGCUGUGCCAGGGGUGUUGGCUUCCUGUGCCAGAGCCCAGCCAGAGAGCAGGUGCAGGUGUCAUCCCGAGUUCAGGCUCUGCACGGCAUGGAGUGGGAACCCCACCAGCUGCUGCUACAGGACCUGGGAUUGCCUGGGACUCCCACCUUCCUAUCAAUUCUCAUGGUAGUCCAAACUGCAGACUCUCAAACUUGCUCAUUUAAAAGAAAAAAAAAGAAGAAAAUGUA